AAGAGAGAGAAGAAGACGAAACGAUUGUCAGAGAGAGAAAGGUCUCAUCCAUUAUCACUCGCAGAAGAUUUGUUCUCAUCUGAUUCCUCCGAUCUGCCAUGGCUCUGCUUCGCUAACACUAAGAAGAUUCACACACGCGGUGAAGGAGAGGGAGGAGGAUAGAUCUCUUUUUCCGUCGCGAGAAAAAAAAAACGUGUCUAGAGGCUUUCACUAAGGAGUUGAUUCAUACUGAGAGAAGAUAGAAAUGGCAGAUGGGAUAUCGAGCUUUUGGGGUCCUGUGACUUCUACUAUAGAGUGUUGUGAGAUAAACUAUGCCUACUCAUCCUACAUUGCAGAGUUCUAUAACACUAUCUCCAAUGUCCCUGGAAUCCUAUUGGCUCUCAUUGGUCUUGUCAAUGCAUUAAGGCAACGGUUUGAGAAGAGGUUUAGCAUUCUUCACAUAUCGAAUAUGAUUCUUGCUAUCGGCAGCAUGCUCUACCAUGCCACUUUACAGCACGUGCAACAACAGAGUGAUGAGACCCCAAUGGUGUGGGAGAUACUACUUUACAUGUACAUCCUUUACUCACCAGAUUGGCAUUACAGAAGUACAAUGCCUACUUUUCUCUUCCUCUAUGGUGCUGCCUUUGCCAUAGUUCAUGCUUACCUCAGGUUUGGCAUUGGUUUCAAGGUCCACUACGUGAUCCUUUGCCUUCUAUGCAUCCCUCGGAUGUACAAGUACUACAUUCACACAGAGGACACAGCAGCCAAAAGGAUUGCAAAAUGGUAUGUUGCUACAAUCUUAGUGGGAAGCAUAUGCUGGUUCUGUGACCGUGUCUUCUGCAAGACGAUAUCUCAGUGGCCUGUGAAUCCUCAGGGCCAUGCUCUGUGGCAUGUGUUCAUGAGUUUCAACUCUUACUGUGCAAACACAUUCUUGAUGUUCUGCCGAGCUCAGCAACGUGGAUGGAACCCAAAGGUAAAAUACUUUCUGGGAGUUCUUCCUUAUGUCAAGAUCGAGAAGCCAAAAACACAAUGAGAAGAAAGUGGGGAUAAAAAG